AUGGAAAAAAAAUUCCAAAUUCAACGACAACCAAAUAUUCUUAUAGUAAAUUUAAAAAGAUUUGUAUACAUUCCUUCUAGUGGCUGGGUUAAAUCAAGAAAAGCUGUUGAAGUACCAUUUACAAAUUUUACUAUUGUUUCUAAUGGGUAUACUUAUGAAUGUUAUGCUAUUGUAAAUCAUUAUGGUGCAAUUGGUGGUGGUCAUUAUACUGCGUAUACAAAAGUUAACAAUAAAUGGUAUUUAUUUGAUGAUAGUUCAUAUAGUGCUAUAAAUAUUGAAGAAGUUGAUGUAAAAAAUGCAUACAUGAUAUUUUAUAAAAAACAAGAAUAG